AAAGAAGAAGAAGCGAUGGAGGGCGAAGAAGGAGGAGGGAUAAGGCUGAGCAAGAGAUUCUCAGACAAAGGAGGCGAAGUCGACAACAAAACCAAGUCAGGCACAGCGUGGAGCCACUCGUUCCUGAACCAGAAGCCAUGGCACCCUCUCUCUUACCCCAACCAACGCCGCAAGUGGAUCGCCGAGCAGAUCCAGGCCCAGCACCAGCGUCGCUCCGAAGAAGUCUCCCGCGAGUUCGCGCAAGAGCAGGAGUUCUUUCGCCAGGCAGCCCUAAUCUCCAAGAAAGAUAAAGAAAAGAUUGAGACGAUGAAAGCUGUUAGCUUCAUGUAUGUUCGUCCGCCGGGUUACAAUGCCGAAAGUGCCAAGGCUGCAGAGCUGGCGGAUGAGAGUAUGAAAGAUGGUCAACAACAAGCACAAACGGAUGGUCCUUCUACUUCAAUGCCUCCUAGUGGCGAAGAAGCUAAGAAGAAACCAAGGCCUAAGGAUGUGUUUGGACGCAGUUUGCCUACUGAACAAGAGUUUGAGGUGUUGAAAAAUGCUCCCAGGCUGGAGACUGGUGUCCCUAUGAGGGCGAAACCAUUUGGAGUUGAAGUGCGCAAUGUAAAGUGUGUUAGGUGUGGGACAUUUGGUCACCAAAGUGGUGAUCGAGAAUGUCCAUUAAAGGAUGCUAUAAUGCCUAAUGAAGAGAGCCGACUGAAAAGGGACGACCCCUUGACUGCCAUUCUUGCACAUACAGAUCCUAGUGAGCCUCUGAAAUGGGAACUCAAGCAAAAACCAGGAAUUAGUCCUCCUCGUGGAGGGUUUAGGCCAGAUGACCCCAACCAACAAAUAGUUGCCGAGGAGGAUAUAUUUGAUGAGUAUGGAGGAUUUCUUGGUGAGGAUGUCAUCCCUGAGUUGCUGGCCAACUUCUCAAGCAAACCCAAGAAGAAAUCCAAAAAGAAGACCAAGCGCAAACCAAAGCAGUCCCCUUCCAUUAGUGGAGAAGACGGUCUAUCUUCUGGCGAGGAUGACAAGAGGAGGUCAAAGAAGAAAGUAUCCAAGCAAAAGAAAAAGAAGCGUAAUCAUUCUGAAUCGAGCUCACCAGAGAUUGAUAGACAGAAAGUAAAAAAUAAACACAAGGAAUCUUAUUCAUCCAAGGAUGUGAAUGAUGAAAAACACCACAGAAGUACAAAGAACAGACUGAGGCAUUCACAUUCAUAUGAUGAUUCUGACAUGGAUAGAUGGCAGUACAGAAUGGACAAGAACAGAGACAGAGACGCUAAUUCAUCUGGAGAUUCUGAGCCUGAUAAGAACCAAAGAGGUACCAGACAGAAGCAUUCUUACUCAUCUGAAGAUUCGGAUGGUGAUCAAAGACAUCAUAGAAGUACAAAGAAUAGACAGAAUCAAUCUCAUUCAUAUAAAGAUUCUGAGAUUAGUAGGCGUUAUAGAAGGGAGAUGAGCCGAGACAGUUCUGCUAAUUCAUCCGAAGAUUCUGAGCCUGACAGGCACCUUCCAAGUGACAAGAGAAGACACCAGAGCAGACACCGGCAUUCUUGUUCAUCUGAAGAUUCUGAGUCCGACAGGCGCCGUACAAGUGACAAGAGAAGACAGCGGAGCAGACACCGGCAUUCUUAUUCGUCUGAAGAUUCUGAGACAGAGAGGCAAAAUAGAAGUAGAAGAAGCAGGGAUGAGCUUUCCUACUCGUAUAAUGAGACCAAUGUGAAAAGGCAUCAUAGAAGUAGAAACAGUAGACACAAGCACUAGAUGUAGGAUUCGACUCCUGAGGAUAUAGAUGUAGACACUAUUGCACUGCAGUUGUGAUCAUCGGUUCAUCAAUCUUUUGGCCAUCAGAACAAAUUUUGUACUUUGGAACAGCUGGCUUGGAAAGUGCUCCGGUUGAAAUGAGCUUUACUCAUAACUGACACCAAGUUGUCUGUCACCUGUUUGUUAUAAACCUGGUAUUCAUGAAACUGAAACUGAUUGUCCAUUAAUACAACUUCGAGAUGGGAAAGGAUUUAUUUGUGUC